AUGAACCGGUUAUUCGGCACCAAGAGCUCUGCUCCAAAGCCUACGCUCAAUAGUGCCAUCUCAAAUGUCGACAGCCGCGUCGCAAGCAUAGACGUAAAACUCGCUGCCCUAAAUGCUGAACUAUCCUCCUACCAAUCGCGAAUGGCCAAAAUGCGCGAUGGCCCCGGGAAGAACGCCAUACGCCAGAAGGCCCUUAAAGUCCUUCAACGCCGCAAACAAUACGAAGCCCAGCGCGACCAACUCUCUCAGCAGUCGUGGAACAUGGAACAGGCCGGCAUGAUGCAAGAUAAUCUGAAAAACGUCAUGGCAACCGUGGAUGCCAUGAAGACCACGACAAAGACGCUGAAACAGCAAUAUGGCAAGGUUGACAUCGACCAAAUCGAGCGUAUGCAGGAUGAGAUGCAGGAUUUGAUGGAUAUUGGAAAUGAAAUUCAGGAGAGUAUUAGCCGCGCGUAUGAUGUGCCGGAAGAUGUUGAUGAGGCGGAACUUGAUGCGGAAUUGGAAGCGCUUGGGGAGGAGUCGAUGUUUGAGAGUGCGAUGGGUGAGGAUGUCGUGCCUGCAUUUCUUCAGGACGAGGUUGGGCCACCACAGUUUGUAGAUGAGCCUCCUGAGCAGGGGAAGGUCAAGGAGGCCGCUGGGUGA